AUGUCCUUGUUUGGCUUCCGUAAAUGGCCCACGCCCAUCGCUAAGCCCCUCUGGCCGUUUGGGAUCGCGACGUUGGUAACUUAUUACCUCGUUUCUUCUGCUCAGGAGGCUGGAGUUCGGUCCGAAGAACACAGGAACAACCCCAAGAACCCAUACGCAGCCCAGAUUGCAGCAGCCAAGGCCCACCAUUAG